CCCGGCGGUGGUGCCGCGCACGCGUGCGCGUUCCACGCCGAUGCCUCCCCUCCCCCCACGCACACCUUCCGUUCCCACAAUGCUUUGCCGCUUCCGUCGCUGACGGCCUGUCGCAAACGCGAAGCGCUCGUUUGGCCGCCGCUGGCUGCUCUUUCUCCGCCGCUCCUUCCUCCUCUUCCCGUCUCCUCGCUUGGCCCUGAAAAACAAGACUCCAGCGGCGCCUCCCCUCCUUCUCUCUCUGGGCCUCAGCGGCGCCUUUUCUCUCCCUCCCGGCCUCCCCGCCUUUCUUCCCUUGCCGGCUUCUCGCGCCUCCUCCUGAGAUGCCCCCUAAGAAACAGGCGCCGCCGCCGGCCGCCAACAAAAAGACGGAUCAGAAGAAGAAAGAGAAGAUCAUUGAGGACAAAACCUUUGGCUUGAAGAACAAGAAAGGAGCAAAGCAGCAGAAGUUUAUCAAGGCUGUGACCCAUCAAGUGAAAUUUGGUCAGCAAAACCCCCGACAGGCCACUCAAACAGACGCUGACAAGAAAUUAAAGAAAGAUGACAAGAAGAAAGAAUUGCAGGAGCUGAACGAGCUUUUCAAACCUGUAGUUGCUGCCCAGAAAAUUAGUAAAGGUGCUGAUCCCAAAUCAGUCGUCUGUGCUUUCUUCAAGCAAGGGCAGUGCACAAAAGGAGACAAGUGCAAAUUUUCUCACGACCUGACUUUGGAGAGAAAGUGCGAAAAGAGAAGUGUUUACAUUGAUGCACGAGAUGAAGAGCUUGAAAAGGACACGAUGGAUAACUGGGAUGAGAAGAAGCUGGAAGAGGUGGUGAACAAGAAGCAUGGUGAGGCCGAAAAGAAAAAACCCAAAACUCAAAUAGUCUGCAAGUAUUUCCUUGAUGCCAUUGAAAACAAUAAAUACGGAUGGUUUUGGGUCUGUCCCGGUGGCGGAGACAACUGUAUGUACCGCCAUGCCCUUCCUCCGGGCUUUGUACUCAAAAAGGACAAGAAGAAGGAAGAAAAGGAAGAGCUGAUUUCUUUAGAAGAUCUAAUAGAAAAAGAGCGUGCCGCUUUAGGACCAAAUGUUACGAAAAUUACGUUAGAGUCUUUCCUUGCGUGGAAGAAAAGGAAAAGACAAGAAAAGAUUAAUAAGGCCGAACAAGACAUGGAAAGACGGAAAGCAGACUUCAAGGCUGGCAAAGCGUUGGUGAUCAGCGGACGUGAAGUGUUUGAGUUCCGGCCAGAGCUUGUGGAUGCGGAUGACGAAGAAGCAGAUGACACUCAUUAUGUUCAAGGCAGUGGUGAAGAUGAGGUAAAGCAGCUGCAGGAACCUAGUUAUGUCAGAGACCCUAGAAAAGAGCCUCUUUUAUUCGUAUUACGUGUAUCCACGUAUACUCCAGCCGAAAAGGAUGAUAACAAGCUGAGCGAAGCAUCAGGAGGUGGACUGGAGAACGGAGAAGAGAGCGACUCAGAAGAUGCUAGCGACAUGGAAGAGGCUCAGGAAAACGGAAUAAUCGAUGCCGUUCCAGUUGAUGAAAACCUUUUUACUGGCGAGGACUUAGAGGAACUAGAAGAAGAACUAAACACACUUGAUUUAGAAGAAUGAAUAACAAGACUCAAAUGCGAAUUUAAAUCUGCUUGAUGAAGUGAAUACUGGCUCCACCUUGUUUAUCUGCCGUUUC